UCUCUCUCUCUCCCCUCAAAAAAUAAUUGGGGGGGGAAGAGAGAGAGAGCAAGUAAAUAACUACUCAUAAAGUGUGUAAUAAUGGAAAUUGGGGAAGAGUUGGAGCAUGAGGACGAGCUAUCUUGUCAUCAUCGUGUGAUGUUAAAGGGAAACGAAUUGCUUGAAAAGAGAGAGAGAGAGAGGACUUUUUAUUGUAUACAUCCGCGGUUUGGAUGCGAGGGGAUUUAAACUGAUAAUUAAAGUAAAAGGCAGCCGCGCCCCGGCUCCUAACACCAGGCGGCCGGGAGGAAGCCUUUGUUGGUUGAGCGGAGUGGUUUUUUUUUUCACCUCCGCCCUCCUCCCUCCAGUGGGGGGGGUGGGGUGUUUUUGUUGAGGGAGUGAGUGUGGGGGAGGGGGCGGUAGAAGCUGCGGGAUUAUUUUGCCAGUCGCUGCGGGAGCCGCUGUCAGCCCGCCGGCCGACGCCAGCCGCCAUGUUGGAUUCUAAUGUUAAUUUUCUAGAAAUUGCCCCUCAAAUUUGGACAGAGGUUCCCGGCUCGUCCUGAGGAGAGAAGCGAAGUUUAUUUUUCGACCCCUCUUUUUUUUUUAAAACAAGAAAACGACGAAAGGGAGAGGAAGUUUGUGAUUUUUAAUUUUUUUUUAAAAAAACGACUCGCUCGGAUGUUUGUGUGUUGGUCUUGGCCCCGUCUGGUCGCAGAAAGCAGCUAAAUUGGGAGAGAUCAGAAUUUAUUCAGAAGAGAGGCUGCCUUGUUCUGAUGUAGACUAAAUGCAACAGUUUCAAGACGUCUGUGGGCAUGAAGUGGUUGGGAGAAACCAGGAAUAUGUUUGUAAAUGGCAGCAGGAAAAAUGCUGGAAGGUUGUCCCAUGAACAUCAGAGUCAAACCAAACUACAGCACUCUGGAAAGGGAAAUUCAAGGGCCAACACAAGAAUCGCACUUGGAAAACGUAGCACUCGCAUGAUGGGUUUUGAGGGUCAUGGCUCUCGAUACGUACCUUCCACUGGAAUGACAGCCAAAGAGCUGUGUGAAAAUGAUGACCUAGCAACAAGCUUAGUCCUUGAUCCUUACCUGGGUUUCCAGACACACAAAAUGAACACCAGGUAUGUCAGAUUUCGACCCAUAAAAGGAAGACAGGAAGACCUCAAAGAAGUAAUAGAAGAUUUCAAGAAGAAGGAGAAUUUGGAAAAAGCCUUCAAAGCAUUAACUACUGGAGAAUGGGCACGACACUAUUUCCUCAACAAAAAUAAAAGUCAAGAAAAGUUAUUUAAGGAGCAUGUUUUCAUUUAUCUGAGAAUGUUUGCAGCGGAAAGUGGAUUUGAACUUUUGCCUUGUAAUCGUUAUUCAUCGGAGAAAAAUGGAGCCAAGAUAGUUGCAACCAGGGAAUGGAAGAAGAAUGACAAGAUUGAGUUGUUGGUUGGCUGCAUUGCAGAGCUGUCAGAGAUGGAAGAAAACCUGCUUCUUCGACAUGGAGAAAAUGAUUUUAGUGUUAUGUUUUCUACAAGGAAGAACUGUGCACAGCUUUGGCUUGGACCUGCUGCGUUUAUUAACCAUGACUGCAGGCCAAACUGUAAGUUUGUAUCAACUGGUCGGGAUACAGCUUGUGUGAAAGCAUUGAGAGAUAUUGAACCAGGGGAAGAAAUUUCCUGUUACUACGGAGAUGGUUUCUUUGGGGAAAAUAAUGAAUUCUGUGAAUGUUAUACUUGUGAAAGGCGUGGGCAGGGUGCAUUUCGGUCAAAACCUGGACUCCCUGAUCCUGUGCCAGUUAUAAAUAGCAAGUAUGGACUUCGCGAAACAGACAAGCGUUUGAACAGAUUGAAAAAGUUGGGUGAUAAUGGAAAGAAUUCUGAUAACCAGUCUGUGAGCUCAAACACUGAUGCAGAAAUUACUCAGGAAAAAGCUGCAACUAGAAAAUCUAUGAAUUUGAAAAAGGAUAGCAAAAGCAGGACAAGGCAAAAUCUACCCAGAACAUCAACUGCCUCUGGCUCUACCUCAUCCUCUUCAAAAAUAUGUUCUGUAGGUAAUUCCAAGGUACCAAAGAAACUGAAAACCUCCAGGCCGGUUAGGUCAUUGGCCUCAAAAUCGAGGUUAAGAAGUGAAUCUAGAAGGUCAGAACAAAAGACCACUUUUAGAAAUCUUGAAAUGGACAAUUUCGUUCUCAAGGAACCUAAAGUAGUUCUUUAUAAGAAUUUGCCACUUGAAAAGGACAAAGAUUUGGAGGGGCCAGCAAAAGUUGAAAGUUCGGGUAAGUGUCUGACCAGGCAUUCUGUUCGAGAAAAUAAAGUGAAUUCUGUAAAAGAAUUGCAUAAACUUUCCCGCAUCCGAAACGGAGCAGUACCUUGUACUUACAUGACCCGUCGGGCAAAAAGAACAAAACUUGCCCUUAAGGAGUCCUUUGAUGUUGUUUCUUCAUUGGAGCUUGAACCAAAUACUGUGGACAGUGUAAAUCUUUGCGGAGAAGAAAGUGAACAUAUUGACUCCAUUCAACGUGUCUGUGAUGGUGCUCAUGUAAAUACAUUGAUCCAAGAAUCAUUAUCUGAUAAAGGGACGAAUUGUCAAAAUAAUGGCAUAUGUUUGAGCAGAAGGAGGUUACAACAUGGAAAACGAGAAAAAAUUCCUGCACAAUUAGAUGAAUGUGAGCACGUGCUAUCUUGUUCUGUAAAACAGAAUAUAAAGGAGGAAUCUAUGCCAGAAUUAAUAAGUCCUCCCCCAAUUCGCAAUCUUAAUGGGAAUGAUAAAGUUAAUUUAGUGGAUAUGACUGGUGUAUACAGAGACUAUAUUGGUUCAUCAAAUUGUGGCACUUCAGACUCUUUUAUGGUUUCUCACAAAACAAAAAGUUCAGAAUCUCAUAAAAUGAAAGAUUCCAGGACAACAGGUGAAAGAAAUAGAAAAAAACGGCGAAUCACAAGAUAUGAUGCACAAUUGAUACUUGAAAACAGUACUGGGAUUCCCAAAUUGACUUUGCGCAGAAGACGUGACAGCAGUAGUAGUAAAACUAAUGACCAAGAAAUGGAUGGAAAGAAAUCCAAGAUUAGUAUCAAACUGAGCAAAGACCAUGAAAAUGACAAAAGUAACAAUUAUGUAGCAAAGCUCAGUAAUGGGUUUACCACAGGCUCAGGAAAUAGUUCUACAAAACUCAAAAUACAGCUGAAACGGGAGGAACAGAUUAAAGGAAUUAAGCGAUCACACUCCCUCAUGGAAGAUCUCUGUGAUAGUGGUGUGUGUUGUGAUGAUUCUGUUUUUGUGAGGGCUAAUGGAGAAGUGGAUGAACACAGACAACGCAGAUAUGAGGACGAUGAUGAGGAAGAUGAUUCAUCAUCUUCUUCUUCCUCAUCAUCGUCCUCCUCUUCCUCGUCAUCUGAGGAGGAUUAUGAUGAUGAAUUUGAAGAUGAUUUUAUUCCACUUCCUCAGGCAAAAAGACUAAGACUGAUAGUUGGUAAAGACUCCAUAGAUAUCGAUAUCUCUUCAAGGAGAAGAGAAGAUCAGUCUUUAAGGCUUAAUGCAUAAAUCUUUUGGUUCUAUACUAACCAUAGUGUACAGUACUUUCCAAUCAAUUCCAAGUUUGAAUGAACUUACUGUAAAUUUUGAUGGCACUUCUGUAUUCAUUAUCAACAUAAAUAUUGUAGAAUAUUGUACAUUAUAUUGACUCUUGAUUUUUUGCAGAUUUUUAUUGUACUAUUAAUAGCCUUACCAUGUGCAAUUCUGAGUUUUGGAGGGUGAUGACUCUCUGUGGUAGAAUUAAGGUAUAAAACAGAAUUGUUGUACAUAAAGACCAGGUUUUCUUUUCAUUUUUUUUCUCCUCUUGAGCCUCAAUAUUUUGAAACACAAUUAUGGUGGAUAUUUUAAUUUUUUUAAACUGAGCGUUAAUUUGCUCUCCAGUAUGAAUGAAGGUUAAAGAAUACAAGAAUUGAUAGUGGCAGCAAGUACAAACAAUGGAUUUAUACUAGCUGUUCUUAUCACCAGCAAGGAAUUGCAGCUUUUAGGCUCGUUUGCUAGGUGUUUUUCCCCAGGUUAUGUCAGUUUUACACUGUAUGCUGUCCCAGAUGUACUGUUUGUGGCCUUUGUCAGUAGCCAGCUAUUGUUUGGAAGUUUAAAUAAAUGGAGUUGUUUAAAUAAAAUAAGUGUGAGCUAUUUGCUGACCUUGUAAAACAGAA